AUAUGACGUUAAUUAAGAUAGCUUGCCUGGUCGGUUCGCGUGUUUCCCGUCAAUAUUUAAUAACAAAUGACCGGCAAAACAUUAAUACGUUAUACAUUAGGCUUUCCUUUGUCUUUCCUGCACACACCCCGUAGGCUGAUGACUCGGUUUUAUAACAAGAGAUCGUAUCUACAUGUUGGAAAAUCAGUGCAUAUGUUACAAGACGGCAGAAUUACAUGUUUCCCAUUUAGGAAAGAGGUGUAUCCGUGGCGCGCGAGGGGAGGGCUGAAUCAAGCAUUUUAUGGGGCGUAUGAGGAAGUUAUUACGGACGAGGGGGGAAAAGAACAACAGGCUCUUCAGUCUAGCCGAGCAGGAGGACUAUCCACUUUCAAAAUGCCUGGGAAGAAAAUCUGCAUCGUCGGAUCUGGAAACUGGGGCUCUUCCAUUGCUAAAAUCAUCGGGCACAAUGUCAAAGCCUCCAACAGGUUCGACCCAAUAGUGAACAUGUGGGUUUACGAAGAAAUAAUUGAUGGGAAGAAGCUAACGGAGAUCAUUAACACAGACCAUGAAAAUGUUAAGUAUCUGCCAGGUCACAAGCUGCCCAGGAAUGUGGUGGCCGUCCCAGACAUCAUAGAGGCCGUGAAGGGCGCAAAGAUCCUCGUCUUUGUAAUUCCACACCAGUUCAUCAGCAAACUCUGUGAUCAGAUUAAGCCUCACAUCACAGAGGGGACCAUCGGGAUAUCGCUCAUCAAAGGCAUUGACGAAGGACCAGACGGACUGAAGCUCAUCUCAGACAUCAUCCGAGAGAAACUAGAGAUCGAGGUCAGCGUCCUAAUGGGGGCCAAUAUCGCCAGUGAGGUAGCAGACGAGAAGUUCUGUGAAACCACUAUAGGGUCAACAAAUGAGGCAAAUGGCCAUAUCUUCAAAGAGAUGCUUCAGACUCCCAAUUUUCGUAUCACCGUCGUACAGGAGAGUGAUAUAGUGGAGCUUUGUGGAGCUCUGAAGAACAUUGUGGCAGUAGGGGCUGGAUUCUGUGACGGCCUCGGUUUUGGGGACAACACCAAGGCAGCAGUGAUCAGGCUCGGUUUGAUGGAAAUGGUCGCCUUCGCCAAGCUGUUCUGCAAAGGCCAAGUGAGCUCUGGCACAUUCCUGGAAAGCUGCGGCGUGGCCGACCUCAUUACCACCUGCUACGGGGGACGAAACCGAAAAGUUGCGGAGGCCUUCGCCAAAACAUCCAAGUCUAUUGUUGAGCUGGAGGCAGAAAUGCUUAACGGUCAGAAGCUGCAGGGUCCACAGACCUCAGCAGAGGUCUACAAACUUCUUCAAAAGAGGGACAUGGUCAGCAAGUUUCCAUUGUUUGCAGCAGUCUACCAGAUCUGCUUCGAGGGCAAAGAGGUGAAAGAGUUCAUCACCUGUCUGCAAAACCACCCAGAGCAUAUGUGAUGUGACCCGUCUGCAAACAUGUUCACUAGUGCAACUUCACAAUUUACAACCACUAGAGGGUGACAGAGAUUCAUGAGACACAAACGCACAAUAUAACAAACACAACCAAGAGCACUUUUACUAAAGAUGUUUUUUUUUUUUUUUUUUUAUUGGUAACACUUCAUAAUGGAACCCUUUUUGUUCUCAGCUUUAAAAGCAACUCAAUCUCUUGAUUUUGCUCUUCUGUUUUGUGAAAUGUACUGUGAUAUUAAUUUGGCUCUUUAUAUGAUGUCUGUGCUAAGAAGUCAGGAUAUCAACAUAAUGAUACUUGAUAAGCUACAAAAACUAUAUUUCAGCUGUGAUGGAUAUUGAAGUAUAGCGCUUUUUCCAAGGCAGUCCACUCCACUUUUAUUAUUGCCAAAAAUUUGUUAUAAUUUUGUAUGGGAUACACAAACAUAACACUGUUGUCUGAUUUACCUUUUACUACAUGACUGUGUGUUUACUAUCUCAAAAUUAAACCUAAGGAUAUUUUUUUAUCUCCAUAUGGAAUUGUGUCCUCAAUAAAAUCAAUUAAUAUGAAA